UCCACAAAUAUAAAAGGUUUUUGGUGUGUUUAUUUCCCGUUUUCUCUCUCGUAAAUACCACAUAAACUGAAAAAGCUGUAAUAUAAAGGGUAAUGCCAUUGCUAUGGAAACAAACAUAAACAAAGCCAUUAGUGAUCCCAGUGAGGGUUUUCCAAGUGAAAUGAUGAAAAAUAAAACUGAAAGAGCRACUGCAAAUGACAUCAGUGAGCAGGAAAACACUGUGAAUCAAUGUGAAUCAGAUGGAAGGGACAGAGAAAAGGGAAAAUCAGGAAGUGAUGAGAGUGGCAAUGAUGAAGAGUCUGAUGAUAAUGAAGAGGAGGGUUUUGAUCCCAGGUACAAAAGUGACAGUGAUGAAGCCAAAAACAAUGAAAAUGAUGAUGAUGAAGAUUACAGCAGUGAUGAAGCAGYGAAGAAGUCUUCAAGGAAAAAUACAAAAAAUACUCGCAAACCAACUAGAAAGUCCACCAGAAAUAAAAAGCCAUUUUACUUUGUAGAUGAAAUUGAUGAUGAYGAUUAUGAUGACAAUGAUAUUGAUGACGCAUCUAAAACUUUUAAAUGUGAUGUUUGUAAAAGUCACUUCAAGAAACUGAUUCAUCUUGCCAAGCACAUGGUAAAUGCGCAUUCUGAUGCCAAGCCUUUCAAGUGUACGACUUGCAGCAAAGCCUUCAUACGCCGCAGCUGUUUAAAGCGACAUGAACAGUUACACACUGAAGAACGUCCUCAYAUCUGUAAGCAGUGUAGUAAAGCUUUCAAGACGUCUUAUGCACUUACAUCACAUCUUGUAACACACUCUGAAAAUAAACCUUACAAAUGCCCUAAUUGUGASAAGAUGUUCUCACGACGAAGUCAAUUGACAGAUCAUGAACUGAAACAUACUGGUGARACUCCUUACAUUUGCAACACUUGCACCAAGUCAUUUACAACAUUAAGAAGUAUGCUACGACACACGCAAAUACACAAGAAUAACACAAGACCCUUUAAGUGUGAACAGUGYCCCAAAGCAUUCAAGUUUGAAGAAGCUCUGGAGAAGCAUGUCCAGAAUCAUACCAAGGAMAAACCAUACAAGUGUAACUUAUGUGACAAGGCAUACUUAAGACAUAAGUUACUGCUGGAUCAUCUGCAGGCUCACAAGGAUGGCAUACAAAGACAUACAUGCAUUGUUUGUGAUGAGGUGUUUGAAGAUGUCAAGUCCCUCCAUCUUCACCAGAAAUGCCACAAGGUUGACAAACUCUACCAGUGCGAUGAGUGUUCAAAGCAAUUCCGCAGGGCAUCACAACUUAAAGACCACCUAAUGACACAUACUGGAGAGAAACCAUUUAAAUGUAGCCAUUGUUCCAAAGCCUACUCAACAUCCAGGUCACUGGUACGACAUGAACGAAUGCAUAGUACAGAGAAGCCUUAUUCUUGCAAUGAUUGUGGUAAAGCRUUCCAGUUACCAGCACAAUUAACWCUCCAUAAAUGUUCACUUCAGGUUGAUGAGCAUUGCCGCUGUACACACUGUAAUGCAGUAUUUGAGAAUUUUGAUGAACUCAAUGCACAUCUUUGGACACAUACAGAUCUUGAUGUCCAUAUUUGUAAAGACUGCAACAYGAACUUCAUMACAUGGUCAGAGUAUGCUCGUCAUGUGACCAUCCAUGCUGAAAGCAAGAAGGAUUUUAAGUGCACGGAGUGUGAUAAGUCAUUCAAGAGGUCUCACUCCCUUACAGGUCAUAUGUUGUCUCACUCUGAGGAGCAUCCAUAUGGCUGUACACAUUGCAAGAAGGUUUUUAAAUGCUCAGCGUAUCUGGUGAAGCAUCUAAGAAACCAUAAGGAAUUAAAGCCUUAUAAAUGCUCCAAGUGCGAGAAAUCAUUCAGCCAAUCAAGGUUACUUGCMAUCCAUGCCCUGACUCACAAACAGGCCAGAUAUUCAAGACAAAACACUGGAUCAGGUUUUGACUUUUCAGAUCCUUACUCCAUUGAAGUAAAUGCAUUAUGCAAUGAUGACGAAAGGCCAUACUCAUGUGGUAACUCAGGAUGCAAGAUGACUUUUAAAACUAAUGCUGGACUGAGCCUCCACCAGAGAACACACACCAAUGACAAACCAUAUUGUUGCACAACAUGUCAAUGCUCUUUUGCACAUUCAACAGCUUUCUGCAUGCACUUAAAAAAACACAUUCAAAAGUUAUACCAGUGUGCUGUUUGCUCUGUAACUUUCUCAAGUCCAUCUUCUUUGACCGAGCAUAUAAGAAUUCAUGUUGGGGAGAAACCAUUUCGAUGUAAAAGUUGUGGAAAGUCAUUUGGUCGUUCUUGGUCAUACAAUAGACACAGACUCAUGCACAAGAAGCAGUUAGUGUAUCAAUGUCAAUAUUGUAACAGA